AUGACAUUCCGACGAAGACCAGCUAUUGCGGUUACUGCUGAUUUUGAUGGACCGAUUCUCGAUUUUGGACCAGAUGUACCAUUGGCUUCUUCAAUUCAUUCUCAGUCCUACCGUCCACCCAGCUUAAAACAGGUUAUGGAAGAAACACAUUUUUCUAAAAAUGAAAUCAAAGCAAUCUAUAGAGCAUUCAAAGAAACAGCCCCUAACGCUUUGAUUAAUAGAGAGAUAUUACGUGAAAAGUUCACAGAACUCUUUCCACAAGGUGAUUCUCGCUUCUACUCUGAUCUCUUAUUUGAUACAUUCGACAAUGAUGGUAAUGGUACAAUUAGCUUUAUGGAAUUUGUAAAAGCAUUGUCUGUUCUCUGUCGUGGAACAGUUGAAGAAAAAAUAGAUUGGGUUUAUAAGUUUUAUGAUCCACAAGGAGUUGGUCGAGUUACAUGGGAUCGUAUGCAUUGUGUAUUAACAUCAGCUGAUAGUCUAAUAGGUAAAAAGGCAUUGCCACGCUCAUCGCGGCGUGUUUUAGCUGAACGUACACGUGAAAUAUUUGAGAAGUUUGAUAAGCAUGACAAAGGACAUAUUACACGAGAAGAGUUCUUGCAGAUUUGCCGUAAUGAUGCAAAGAUAUUGCGGUCCAUUGCAUGCCUUUAUACAAUAUUACCAGGAUAA